GUUUAUAUAGGCGUUGCUAUUUGCAAUUGACUCCGCCUUGACCAAUUCACAUGUGUUGCUCACUUUGCCGAAAAGGAGGCUCGGCGCGGAUCAGGCUGAGGCUGGGCUCCGGAUCCUGAACCUCACAUUUGCGUGCUGCAAGUUCAUGCCCAGAGCGUAACGGAUACAACCCAAAAUCUGUACUCAAACACGAUAUGUCAAUGCCAAAUCCUCAAGCGACUCAUGUUCCUUCAUCCCCUGCGCUCGUGCCUUCCGUGAUUGCUACCGCGGUUCUGUGCCUGGCGGUCGGGUAUUACGUCGGUCUUGGAUCAUCCCUGGGCGUCUCCUCCUCGAACAAUACCUCCGAAGAAGCCAAGCUCGUCCUCGUCGUCCGUACAGACCUCGGCAUGACCAAAGGCAAAAUCGCCGCUCAAUGCUCCCACGCAACCCUCGCAUGUUACAAAUCCCUCCUCAGACAUAACCCGGCGCUCUUGCAGCAUUGGGAGUCGGCCGGACAACCUAAGAUUACGUUGCAGACGAAGGAUGAGGAGGAGAUGUUGGUUAUGCAGGCGAAGGCUUUGAGUUUGGGAUUGGUGGCGAGGGUUGUUAGGGACGCGGGUCGGACGCAGAUUCCUGCUGGGUCGGCGACGGUGUUGGGUGUUGGACCUGGACCGAGGAGUGUCGUUGAUGAGGUAACCGGGCAUCUGAGAUUAUACUAGACAUGUGGAAUGUGUAGGCGUUGAAGAUGUGCAUUCAGAAAGUGUUUAUCAUUUCCUGGAGAUCUCUGAUCGCGGUGCUUGCGUUGUUGUGAUGGUAAUAAGUCAUCGUCGGUGUGUUCCUUCAUAAAUGGCCUCUUAUAUGCUCAUCUCCGGACGCACUCACCCUUCCGUUACCUGACAU